AAUAAAACACUAGUUGUCACAAAUGUCAUCAAAUUCAGCGUUAAAAAUGUCCGACAAUGGCAGAGAUAAAAUUUUACAAAAAAGCUGCAAGUUACUGGGCUAAAGUACCGGCGACGGUAAACGGCGUGCUCGGUGGCUUCGGUCAUAUUUCAGACAUUGACAUAGAUGGUUCGAGAACAUUUUUAAAUCACUUAUUAACACUGGAAGACCCGUUGGAUACAAAACUAGCUUUGGAUUGUGGAGCGGGCGUCGGUAGAGUCAGCAAAUAUUUACUAGUUCCUUAUUUCGAUAAAGUCGAUUUAGUUGAACAAGAUGAAAAGUUUAUCAACACCGCUGCAGAGGUAAUUGGUGAAAACAAUGUGAAACUCGGAACAUUAUACCAUAAGAGCCUCCAGAAAUUUAAACCAGACAAGAUAUACGACUUGAUCUGGUGUCAAUGGGUGUUAGGAUACCUGACGAACAAUGAUCUUGUAGACUUUUUGCGUAAAUGCAGCAAAUCUCUAGCUUCUAAUGGUAUGAUUAUUAUAAAAGAAAACAUAGCACCAACUGACGAACUUGAAUAUGACGAUGAAGAUUCAUCUGUUACUCGCCCGUACAAACAAAUGCUGACAAUAUUUAAUGAAGCAAAUCUUGAAAUAAUCAAAUCUGAAGUUCAAACUGGUUUCCCAGAUAACAUUUAUUCCGUUUACAUGUUUGCUUUAAAACCAAAAUAGGUGAACUUAAUUGAAUAAUUUUUAUU